AUGGCUGAUAAUUAUCAAUGUCAACGUACGAGAAAGAGAGGAGUUCGUCAACCGUAUUCAAAUGACAUAGUUUCUAAUAUAAGAGACGAUGUAACGAAUGAUCGAGAAAAUACAUCAAAUAUGAGUAUAUACGCGAAGAAGAGGAUAGAAUUAAUGUGUGUGGUGUGUGGUGCUCCAGCGAUCGGUUACAAUUUUGAUCAAAUAACAUGUGAAUCUUGUAAAGCAUUUUUUCGACGAAAUGCAUUGAAAUCACUGGGUAGUUUUAAAUGUCGUUGUACUGGUGUUAGUGAUGUUAACAUACGUAAUAGAAAACGUUGUAAAGCUUGUAGACUGCAAAAAUGUUUUGCAAAAGGCAUGCGAAAAGAAUGGAUAUUGUCUGCUGAAGAAAAACGUUCGAAAAAGCAAAAAAUUGAAGAAAAUCGACGUCUUCGUCAAUUAAAUAAUUAUCUCACUGAGUUUGAGGAACAGGAUUGGGAUAUAUUAGAUAAAAUUGAACUUGCCUAUGUUCAAUCAAUUAAACUAAAUUCACCCGUUGGUCUGCCGUUAUAUCCAUCGACCAGAAAACUGUCGUCUACGUCUCAACUAAUCAAUGAACCGAUGAAUAUUUACUCGACACGAUUGAUUACUUAUUUCAAGCAGCUGCCGGAGUUUUAUGAAUUAGAAGAAGAUGACAAGUUAACAUUGAUCAAAUAUAAUUUAUUCGGUUUAAUAUUCAUACGAGCUAUAUUAAUCUAUGAUCCAAUCAAUGACACCUAUCAAGAAUACGGUACAAAUGAUUGUGCAUUUAAUGUUAAAGACUUGGUACAGUGUUGCAGUUUAUAUUUGAAAUCGACUGAUUCAUUGCGUUCAUUUAUUGAUAUUGUUGAAUAUGAUCGUUUAGUUGUAAAAAUUAUUUUAAUUAUCAUGCUAUUUUCUAAAGGUUCCUCUAUAUGUUCAUUGAAACAUCCUGAACCAAUAUUAAAAAAUAACGUAGAAGUAUAUAAAUCGCAAAAUUUUUAUGUUGAACUAGUAUGGAAAUAUUGUGAACAAAAAUUUGGAUUUUUAAAUGGCGUUAAACUAUUUUUACGCUUAGUGACAUGUUGUAUGAUGGCGAAAAUGGCAGCUGAAGAAAUGCAACAACAUGUUGAAAAUACAUUAACAGCAGGUGAAUUAGCACCACUAAUGCAAUCUAUUAUAUAUUUAUCAUCAAAUGUGUUCAAUUAG